AUGAGGGACAGACCGGGCCACCGCGGCCUCCGCGGACUCGGUGACGGCGACCGGGACCGGGAGCGGCGAGAGCCGUUCAAGGACCUCAAGGACUUCAAGGACCUGCGGGACUUGCGGGGGCACUUCCCGCGAAGGCUGCGGGACCCAUGGCGCGACACCAGGCGUAACCUGACGCAAAUCCUGAGCUGCGUGUACGCCGUGUUCAUCGUCACCCUGGGCGUGGUGGUCUACAUCAGCAGCCUGGUGGCGGGCAAGUCUCCCGUGCUCGCAGAGGCGUUCAGCCUUUACCUGGUGGGGCUGGGGCUGCUGUACCUCGUCUUCCUGUACACGGACAUCCGACGGUACCUCAACCGCAUCAAAGCCCGCCAAGCUUUCAUCCUCGCCAGCGGUACGUCCAUGACGACGUCCCCGAAGGCGUCGCCGCGGACGUCGCUGACGCCGCCGCGGCCUCGGCCGGUGCAGCCCGUGCCGCACGACUACUGCUUCAGCGACGCCAGCCACGCCGCCAGCUUCUACCUCAAGGUGGGUGCGGCUGGCUUCUGCUUCGGCCACCUGGUGCACUCGUCGCUGCUGCUGGCCUACCAGGCCAUGUUCCUGCUGCAGGACCCGGACGAGUUCUACAAGUGCGCCUCGCCCGCCACGCUGGUCCUGGACGUGCUGUACCCAGUGUACUCGUUCCUGCAGCUCUUCUUCAUCUUCAAGUACUCCAACGUGAUCAUCAACCGGUGCGAGGAGCUGGCGCGCUUCGCCCUCAUGCACUGCCUGUCGUCCAGCCUGUGCUUCUGGGUGUGGACCAUCCUGCGUGAGACCAUGGACUCGCUAGCACACUACGACCACCACGACCACCCCGAGCACCUGGAGCAGCCCGAUGACCCCCUGCUGGACUACGACACGGACUACCCCAGCCCCGUGUUCAUGAACGCGUCCUCGCUGGGCUCGUCGGAGUGCCGCGGCUCCACACAGCUGUCCACCGUCCUGGACAGCCUGUCGCCCUACCUGUACCCCUUCACCAUCGAGUACAGCAUCCUCGUCGUGGGCGUGCUGUUCGUCAUCUGGCAGAACAUCGGCACCUGCAGCAACGCGGCGCCGGAUAUGUCCCCGCAGAGCGGCUUCGUGAGCAACGUGGUGCUGCACGCCGACUGCCACUCCGCCAACAAGGGCCUCUUCGCGGGGCUCAUCGUGUUGGUGGGCGCCGCCAUCUCCAUCAUCCUGUUCCUGCUCGCCAUGGCCGACAGCGAGUACAUGGAGGUGGGGCUGACGGUCAACUCGGUGACGGAGGUGGCGCUGCUCGCCCUCAUGACGGUGGCGGUGAUGGUGGCCUACUGCCGGCUGGCCAAGCUGGACGUGGUCCGCGCCACCUCGUCGUCCUGCCUGCUCGACCACCUGCUGCUGUUCCUGUGCAUUCCCGCCUUCUUCCUGUACGCCAUCUUCAGCAUCGUCCCCGCCCUGGAGCAGCGCUCCUACUUGUCCAUCACCACCAUCCUCCUGCAGGUGGCGCAGGUGCUGGUGCAGACCCCCUUCAUCAUGGACGGCAUGCGGCGCUGCUCCAACUGCGUGAAGCUGCGCCUGCAGAAGCCGGGCCGCGAGCUGGUCACCUUCCUCAUCGUGUGCAACGUGGCGCUCUGGAUCACCGACACCUUCGAGAUCAAGUCCGUGGACGCGCGCGACCACCGCGCCGACUACUACGGCCGCGUGCUGUGGACCAUGAUCUCUCACGCCACCGUGCCCCUCACCAUGCUGUACCGCUUCCACUCGUCCGGCUGCCUCGUGCACAUCUGGAAGUCGGCCUACGAGGCGGACAAGCAGCACUAG